AUGACAGAAAUAAAGCCUAAAAAUAUUCAUACAAUACUUGGUGAAUUACAAAGUUUAAUAAUAGAUAUACAGGAACAAUAUGAAGUGUCUACUCGUCAAAAUACUCCAAUUCCUAAUGCAAUUCAUCCUCUUGGGCCUGUUAAUUUGGCUUCAGUAUCCAUCGAAUUUAAAGAAAAAAUUGAUUUAAUAAAGCACAUUAUUUCUAAAUUCCGAACUUCAUUAAUUUUUGAGGCUACUGCUCAACAUCAUAAUAUAGUUGGACUUGAACAAUCAAUUAAAAAAUAUACUGGUGAAUUACAGGAAGAAUCAAACCGUCUUAGUCCACUCACCGAAUUGCACAAAGAUAUUAAAAUAUGCAAGGAAUUAGCACUAGAUGCAUGUCAAGAUAUGAGGGCUGCAUUUAAGUUUGUUAUUCAAGAAACAGUUAAUCUUGCCAAGAAAUUUGGACUUCAAGUUUAUGAACUUGAUCGCAAAGGAGCACAUUCUACCCAAUCAAUAAGCGGAAGCAUACAUCUUUUAGACAUUCAAUUUAACGAAAGCAUUAAUCAAAUAAACAAAGUCACUAUCACUGGCCAGAUUUUGGCAACAUUAGAAACUCUAUCGACAAACAAUGUCAUGUUAGAUACUUUUCUUUGUAUGCGUCGUAUAAACAAAGAUAUUAGGUCAAUAUAUGAGAAGGAAUAUUCAAAUACUGAAGGAAAUAUUUCACAAAUAUUAAUCGAAGGUCAUGGAAUUCCAUUGUUCCAUAUGGAUUAUAUAGGUCCGUCAAUAGUUUAUUGGGCACCUAAAUAUAAAGUUAUUGAAACUGAUUGGAAUUUUGUUAAAAAUGUUUUAAUAAGCGAUGAAUUAAAUGAUAAACUUUCCCGUCUUUUUCCAAAUAACCUACCACCAUGUGAAAUUCCAGGAAAGAACUAUUUCCAAUCUACCUUGGGAAAUCCCGUUCUCAUCGACGACAGACGUAGAGGCUUGCACGAGUAUUUAAAAGCCAUACUUUCACCCAGAGAUGACCCAUUUUUAGCCAUACCAACUGGAAGGUCAAUCGACCCUAUUAAUAUGUAUACUUUUGAAAGUUGGCUUGAUGAAUUUCAACAAGUCCAAGCAUUAGCCAAAGAGAUUCGUUCACAUCUUAAUCGCCGUGAAACACAUAUUGCAAAAAACGAAGUACAAGCUUCACAUAAUUGUAGUUUACAGGCUAAAAAAUGCUUAGCUACACUAGGUGUUCGAGCGUCACAACUUGAAAGCGGUCUUACAGGUUUAGCAAAAGGUUCUGGAAGAGAUGGUAAGGUUAUGUCGGAAGGUGAACUCAGGAGAAGACAAGAUAUGUUAAAUGAUCUCAAAGAUGAAAAAGACACCUUAGCAAAACUUGUGUUAGCAAAUAGACCUGACUAUAGCAAGGCCACCACACCAGCUAGCUCGAUUGAUCGUGCUGCUUUGUUCCGACAACCAAUUAGACAGCGUUCAUCACCACAACUUGGUAAAUUUGGAGGUGGUGCAAUAAUGAAUACACCAGCCAAUGAAAAUGGUUUAACCACGUCACCGACAUCGUCAAUUUUAACUAAUUCUCAAACGAAUCUUUCAUCACGACGAGUAUUUGGUAAUGCUCGAGCAACGCCAGCCGAAACUGAACAAACUCGUGGUCUUGACAAUGAGGGUCUGGUAAAAUUACAAAAACAGGCCAUGGAAGAUCAAGACCGGCAUGUUGAACAAUUUACUGCCAUAUUAAAUAGACAAAAACAUAUCGGACUUGCUAUUAAUAAUGAAUUAGAGAUUCAAAAUCAAUUGUUGACAGAAUUAGAUGAAAGUCUUGACCAAACAGCAAAUAAAUUGAGCUUCAAUACAAAAAAAUUAAAUGCAAUCAAAUAA